GAAGGGUUAACCGGGCAACGAGCGUUUGGAAGGAAGCCACUACCACGCUUCUAAAGCCCCCUUGAACAAACUGCCUGGCCCUCUUUGACACGCGUGUGGACCGUGAACCGUUCACUCGGUCGAGCCUCCGAAGUGGAGCUACUUGCCGCCGGCGUCGCGUCCUCCUCGUCGGACAUGCGAGGAUGUGCUGGCCGCUAAAGAGCAGCAGAUGUCAGCGAGACGGAUCGAUGCUGCUACCCGUGAUAAAGUAGAACAAAAACGGCUUAGUCGUCUCGUCCGCUCGGCCCCUCGAAGCCCGAAGACUCAGGAUGAGGAAACCCAAAAUCUUUCGGAUGGUUUUUGGGUUAAGUCUCGGAUGCUUCGUGAUGGUCAUAUUGUACUUUAACAGCAACAUGAAGCCAGCCUCGGAGCAAAAUGCAGAAGGAAGCAUCGGGCAGAAGCCCAGGAGGAGUCCUCUGCAGACACUUCAUGACGGAGACCAGGCUGAGUCGGCAGUUCAGGCGAUCCAUCAGGGCAGAAGGGAGCUGUUAGAAGAAGCGUGCCGCUCUUACACCCGAAAACGUAGAGUUCUCAUCCAGGAGGACCUGAAGCACGUCAUCGUGGACGACCAGCACGGCCUGCUGUACUGCUACGUGCCCAAAGUGGCCUGCACCAACUGGAAGCGGGUGCUCAUGGUCCUGACCGGGGCGGCCGGAUCUCACAGAGACCCGCUGGCGAUACCGGCAAACGAGGCCCACGUCCCGGGAAACCUCCGCGCUUUGUCCGAGUACUCCACCUCGCAGAUCAACCAGCGGCUCCGCUCCUACUUGAAGUUCGUGUUCGUACGCGAGCCCUUCGAGCGGCUGGUGUCGGCGUACCGCAACAAAUUCACCCGAAGCUACAACACGGCUUUCCAUAAACGCUACGGUACCAAAAUCGUGCGCCGCCAUCGGCCCAAUCCGCAGCCGGAAGCUCUGGAGAAAGGCGACGACGUCUCCUUCGAGGAGUUUGUGUACUACCUCGUAGACCCGGCCACCCAGUCGGAGGAGCCCUUCAACGAGCACUGGGAGCGCGUUCACUCGCUGUGCCACCCCUGCUUCAUCCACUACGACGUGGUUGGUAAGUACGAGACGCUGGAGCAGGACUCCGAUUACGUGCUGCGGCUGGCCGGGGUGGAGGACCAGGUCAGCUUCCCGGCCUCGUCCAAAAGCACCAGGACUACAGGAGACAUGGCCGCCCAGUUCUUCCGCAACAUCAGCCCCUUCUAUCAGAAGAAGCUGUAUAACCUCUUUCGUAUGGACUUCCUGUUGUUUAACUAUUCCGUGCCGGCAUACCUCAAGUUUUGAUGAGGCACAUCGUUCCUCUACGGGAGGGCCUUUUGACAACGCUAAAAACUUCAAGGUACGUAUGUACGCCUUCAAGGAACUUCAAGGAAAAGUGCACUUAUUUAAAUUUUACCCAUCAUCCCCAAUCGUCCUGAGGCAUUGUGAGGGUGGCGACAAUGCGCUGGUGAUGCGCGAGUGUGUGGUCAAGCUAGUCCCUAGUCGACUAGUAGCUAGCCGGUGUCACUACGCCAGGAAUGUAAUUCUUCGGUGUAAACAAUGGUUAACAGUACUAAUAAUGUUGUUGCAGCUUAGUUGAUAUGCGGGUCACAUUAUGUACACUAGCGCUCAAAAGUUUGGGAUCACUUGCAAAUUUCUUUGUUUUUCCAAAGAAAAACACAUUUUCAUGCAUUUCACAAACAAUUAAAAUGAAUCAGAUGAUUUUCAAAGAAAGAUCUACAUUUUUGCAUAGAGGCCUACUAUCAACAACUGUCAGUCCUCGGCAUCAAUCUCCUGGUAUGGCUGCUAAUCCAAGUUCAUCAUUUUAUAAGGCUAAUAGAUGAUUAGAAAACCCAUCUAAAAAUCUAAACUAAAACUAAAAUCUCUUACCAAUACUCCCUUCAGAGAGCAGCACAAACCGGGUCUAACAAGGACAAUAAAACGCUGCAUAUCUGAGAGUGUGUAGUUUAAGACAAAGACGCCUCACAGGUCGUCGCCUGGCAGCUGCACUAAAUACGUAGUACCCGUCAAACGCCAGUGUCGGUAUCAACAGUGAAGCGGCGACUUCCGGAUGCUGGACUUCAUAGCAGGACUGCCAAGAAAAAGCCAUAUCUCAGACUAAAAAAAAAACCCCAAAAAUAUCCAAGUGAUCCCAAAAUUUUGAGCGGUAGUGUAAAUGGUGCAUUUUUGGCCGUUUUUUUCAGAAGGCUUUUUUAGGCGGAACAAGUGCGUCCCAUCAAAUUCAUUCUUAGCUACCUUUAAAAAAAAAAAAAAAAAACCUAACGCUAGGGAAAUUAUGCUUAAAUUGACCAAAAUACUGUAAGUAUUACAUGUUAUCAUGAACGAGUCUGUUACUGCAUGGAUAUAAAACCAUUUUGGGGGUGUUUGGAGGCGGAAUAGGUCUGUCCCAUCAGCUGCCUCUGUUUAGCUGUUAUUUUAUCUUCAGAACGCACAGAAAAGAGAAAGAUAUGUAUUCAUGUCUCACAUAAGGACUGAGGAUGAUGGGUGAAAUUGCCAAAAAAUUGCCCUUUUCCUUGAAACAGGAUAGGAACUGUUCAACAAAAAGUGAAACUCGCUCAUUUGUAUUUUACUGUAAACGGUGUACCAGUGCUGUUGUUGUCUGUGAAAGUGUGAAAAAUACAUUUAUGUAUAUUUCUUUUUUCAAUUCAAAAGAUUUGCACAAUAAAUGUGAUGGCUUUUCUGGGGAGACGUUACAACAGCACAAUGAAAGUAUUCAAAUUGCAUCUGGGCAGUGAAUGUCUCAUAUGUGCCUUUUGAGUGUCAGCCUAAUUUUGACCCCCGGAGGUAAAAAAAAAAAAAAAAAAAUGUGCCUGUUUUUUUAUUUUAGAAUGUAGAACAAUAUUGUUUUACUAUAACUGUUGUCUUAAUUUAUUGUGUUUUUUUGGACUGAGGCCAAUAUGUAGUUUCGGUCACAAUUUUCAAAUAAAUGUGAUCUAGCAACAUCGUUUAUGGGAGUGGGCGUGGGAUUUCUGAAAUCAAUAGUUGGAUUUGUAUUCAAAUUCAUGUCGACUUGUGUUAUUGGAAUACAAAUCCAGUCUAUAUUUGAAACGUAAACCUAAAAAGUGGUACCGGUUCGAUCGUCGCUUCCUCCACUCACUCACU